AUGUAUCAAGGUUUAGUGCAUCGCAACCGCGUGCAAAAAGGUUCACUAGAUAGAUUCUCUUGGCAGAACGAUUUAUUUUUACGCGCCGUUGCAUCCGUUUGGCCAGGCGAAAGGCGUCCCAGGCCACGGAUAGAUUCCGUUCCGGACGACUCCUUUAUGGGCCGCCAUCAGGGUCCAUACAUUAUUGUGGCAUUUCAGGAGUGUGAGCGAAUGAACAAUCUUAUGACUGAGUUGAGGCGCUCUCUUAAUGAGCUUGACCUCGGCUUUAAAGGAGAAUUGACUAUUUCAUCAGGUAUGGAGGAUCUAAUGGUUUGUCUUUACAUGGACCAAGUGCCGGAACAGUGGACCAAGCUAACCUACCCCAGCAUGCUAGGGCCACAAUCCUGUUUCUCCGAUUUAAUGUUGCGGCUGCGAGAGCUAGAGGGUUGGGUGGCCGACUUUCGUAUGCCUUCAUCAAUUUGGUUGGCAGGAUUCUUUAAUCCUCAGUCGCUCCUUACAGCUAUCAUGCAACAGACGUCGCUCAAGAACGAAUGGCCCCUCGAUAGAAUGUGUCUUAAUUGUGAUGUCACCAAAAAGUGGAAAGAGGAGCUUACGUGA